UCUUGACCGCUCCUUCCGAUCUCUGAUUCCUCUGCUCUCUUCCUCUUCGCUUCGUCGCCGCCUCCGCCCAAACCGUAAGGUGAGCUUAACCGGGUUGGUUCAGGGUUUCAUUUUUUGGGGCAUUUCCCUAAAAUUGAUGCUUCUGAUUACAAAUCAGAUUCAAAGACGGUUAGAGUUAAAUUAAGGAGAUUUCGAGAAGAUGGCUACAACGACGACGACGAGCGGUGUGUAUAUCCACGUCAUCGAGGACGUCGUCAGCAAAGUCCGCGAGGAGUUCAUCAACAACGGAGGUCCCGGCGAGAGUGUUCUCUCCGAGCUUCAAGGAAUUUGGGAGACGAAGAUGAUGCAAGCUGGAGUCUCGUCUGGACCAAUCGACAGGUCGUCGGCUCAGAGGUCGACACCUGGAGGUCCGCUGACGCAUGAUCUGAAUGUUCCUUAUGAAGGUACUGAGGAGUACGAGACUCCUACAGCUGAAAUGCUCUUUCCUCCGACACCGUUGCAGACCCCUCUUCCGGGGACGGCUGAUAAUUCGUCAAUGUAUAACAUCCCCACUGGGUCUAGUGAUUAUCCAACUCCUGGAAGUGAGAAUGGAAUCCAUGCUGAUGUCAAAGCAAGACCCACUCCUUAUAUGCAACCUCCUUCUCCAUGGACAAAUCCAAGGCCUGAUGUCAAUGUUGCUUAUGUGGAUGGCCGUGAUGAGCCUGAGAGAGGGAACUCUAAUCAGCAGUUCACGCAGGAUCUAUUCGUGCCACCUUCGGGGAAACGAAAGCGUGAUGAUUCUUCCACACAAUAUCAAAAUGGUCGGUCUAUACCACAACAGGAUGGUGCAAGCGAUGAUAUGCCUCAGGUAAGCCUUGAGGGUGAUACAUUCUGCAUAACCUUUGUUGGUGAAAGAAAGUUUCCACGAGAUCUCCUCUGCUCAUCUUCAACGAUCCCUCAAGCUGAUGGGCCAAUGCCUGAUCCUUACGAUGAAAUGUUGUCGACACCAAAUAUAUACAGCUAUCAAGGACCCAAUGAAGACUUAAACGAAGGCAGAACACCUGCUCCAAACGAGAUCCAAGCGAGCACUCCUGUUGCUGUACAGAACGAUAUCAUUGAAGACGAUGAAGAGCUGUUGAAUGAAGAUGAUGAUGACGACGAGUUGGAUGACUUGGAAAGCGGUGAGGAUAUGAACACACAGCAUCUGGUUUUGGCUCAGUUUGACAAGGUGACUCGGACAAAGAGCAGGUGGAAGUGCAAUCUGAAAGACGGGAUCAUGCAUAUAAACGAUAAGGACAUUCUGUUCAACAAAGCAGCAGGCGAGUUCGACUUCUGAUCUUUUGACAAUAGCAAUGCUUGUGGGGAUAGAGAAGCUAGUCCUUCAAUGUCCAAAUGUCUUUCUUUUUUUCCUCAUGAAUUUAGAGCAAACUUCUGUGAGUUAUGGGAAAGUGCUGCACCUGGUUGGCUUGUUGUAAAAAAAAAAAAUGAUUUUUCCGGUUCACACGAUGGGAAAUUAACAUUGCCAAUUGUUUAUUUUGAAACA